AGAUCUCCCGCCACAACUCUUCCACCACUUCCUCGGCCUCCAUGGUGUCGGCCACAGGGACCUACCGCCGCGCGCCCUCCGUCUCCUCCCAGCAGCCUCACGUCAACGGGGGCCCGGCGUUCCAACAGAACGCAGUGUCUGUGAAUCCUCCGCCUCCUCCCCCCAUGGUCCAGCUGACCCCGCAGAUCCCCCUGACCGGCUUCGUGGCCAGAAUGCAGGAGAGCAUAACAGACAGUCCAGCUCCGCCUCCUCCACCUCCCCCAGAGGACAUAGGUGUGUUUGAGGAGCCUGCUCCCCCUCCGCCUCCUCCGCCUGUGGACUACGAGGAAGAGGAAGCUGCCGUUGUUCACUACAGCGAUCCCUACGCUGAUGGAGACCCCCACUGGGCCCCCAAGGCAUACUURGAGAAAGUUGUGGCCAUCUACGACUACACGAAGGACAAGGAGGACGAGCUGUCCUUCAUGGAAGGCGCCAUCAUCUACAUCAUCAAAAAGAACGACGACGGAUGGUUCGAAGGCGUCUGCAACGGCGUCACCGGACUCUUCCCAGGRAAUUACGUCGAAUCAAUCAUGCAUUACGCUGACUAAAGAAAAUAACCCAAAAAGCGAAGAAAAACCUCCAAUGAUGGAGCUCAGUUUUUUUUUAUACAUAAGAUCUACAUAUGUACAGCCGUAUGAUGAGAAACGAAGCUCCCAUUUUGAGUAAAGUGCCAUGGUGAUUCUUAUUCUUUGAAAGYAUUUUAUUUAGAUCCRCGCGAGUUGUGCUUGCAUUUAUUUAGUCUACUAAAAUGAGAAUGUUGCACAAAAACGGGGAAGGAGUUUAAUAUUUGACAGGCUGCGGUCUGCUAAUUUACACUGGAAAUACAAAAAGAGGAGCCUCACUAGAAUUUACCCUUAACCAUAUGUUUGUCAUUGCAAACUACUAUGAAAAAUACAGUAGAUUCAGUCUGAAAACUGAGACGAGGCUCCUUUAGCUUCRACCCUGAUUAUUUGCACUGCGGACCACCAGAGCGACUCUUCCCUCCGCUCCGACGGACAACGAAAGCGUCAACAAGUGCGUUUAGUUAGGACACGACUGAAUGUUCCACGCUGUCGAAAUCACGAAAAACGCUUACGAGCGGGAGUGUGAAGGUGUGUGUAUUUACACCGCUCUGUGUCGAAUUACAAAGGAAGGUUGUACAGAAUGCAUUAAUAGACAACAACAAAAAAAAAAGAGAGACAAUUUCCUUCUUCAGUCUGGUGGAGUUUCUUUCUGUACUCUAACGUGUAUAUAACGUGUAACGUGACCAACUGCCAGUACAGUACAUUUUGUCGGUGUGCUUCGUCAGUGGAGGUGAGCGGUGCCAAGGCUGGGUUCCUUUUUCAAUUUAGCUCAUUUUUACUUGAAUGUUCCAAUUUUUUUUUUGUCUUCAUCAGUCACGGUGCCAUUUCCGUUUUGGCGAAGUGAUUGUGUCUAUUCSGUUCUGAUUCGGUCGUCGCCGCUGUACUCGGUGACGCUGUCGCUGUUGCGUCUGUUCAUGUUGUUUUCCUUUGUGUCGUAGCUGCACUGAUAGUCAUCAACGACUGUAGUGACUUUGAUUUCCGUCUCACUGUUGAUUGCGACGCGCCAGUCGCCGUCAAGCGGGGAGCGACGAAGGACGCCCCGGGAGAAGUCGUUCAUUCUGCAAACAUUUGCUGGUGCGGUGCUUUCCAGAUGGUGCUCACCGACCCGAACAACCUCAAGUGCGACACUGCUUAACGGAGAACCGUAACGAAGAACGCGGAGGCGUGUCUCUUAUUUUCCAACAUCGCUCGCUUUUUGAUUGUAAAUUCCGUCAAUCAUAUCUGUAAUGUGAAUGUAGGCAAAUCAGCAGUAGCGCGCUGUCAGUCACUCCUGAUCUCUGGUUCAAGAUCCUGUGCUAAACAUCUCUAGCUACUGCUGAGAAAAUACGUUUAAAGGGACACGUUAGCUUUGCUAAGCUAACAUUCUACUAAAAUGUUUUAGUAGUAGUUCUCUUACCUGUGGUAGAGGCAGGAAAUAUUCCAGUGAGUUUGCGGAAAAGUUAAGCCCUCAGCUAAUCAGUCAUUGUUUCAGCUAAUCUGCUGCUGCUGUCUCCCAGCCAAUUAAAAUGCUUAAAAUGAUCAGAAAACCUGGGAUGUGAUGAAUGCAGUGCAAUUCCAUAGAAAACAAAUAUUGUAGGCUCCUUUUGUUUUUUUGGUGCCUAUUCAACAUAAGCGGGCGCUAACUACCCCUUGAGUGCACUUGCGUGAAAGUAACAGGAAGUGCUUAAAUGACUGACAUGUUCAGUCUUUUCAUCUGAUACUUCAGUGCCUCCCUUUUCUAAUGCCGCCCUGUGUAAGUGCCCAGAUCAAGAGCCACCACUGCCCUUUGAAUACAAUGCUACAGUAGAGGAUAUGGCGUAGGGUUAGGGUUCACAUGUAAAUAACCAUAACUCAAUCAGCAGAGUUUAAUGUAGUAAAACAGAUGCUGUGUGGCUGAGAAAAUAGCAGCAGGAAAUAGGAUCCUGUGAAAUGUAGUUAUGUAGCAGUGUACACCGCAGAUGUAAACAUUUUUCAGUUUCCGUUGUUUUAAAUGGACGAAAUACGAUAAAACGGCUGUAACUGGCUAGCUGUUAGCCUCCUACCACUCUCACUUUUCUACAAACUCUCUCUACACUCUGCUGCAGGUAAAGGAACUUCACUUCCAACAAUAUGUGAACUACACCUUUACGGUCUAAGGAAUGAGGGCUGUUGGUAGUUUCCUCUCUAAAAAGAAAACCCUGCUCUUACAAAUUGAUUGUCGGUGGAAGUAAAACUCCUACAUAUCUCUGAAGCCUAUUGAUCACAUACUCGUUUGUACUUUGAAGUGACGCCUUUUUAUCAUUUUUACUUUACCAGGGAAUGUCCUGAUAUGAGCAGUAUUCGUUCAGCCUCUCUGCAUGAUCGUGUAUCAUUUAUAGACUAUGAUUCUCCAGUGCGUCCCUGUCUUGAUUGUAUUUGACAUCAUGAGGCCGUUUGUGUUUUUUUUUAAUUGAGAAGACGACUUUUUUCUACGUGAUGCAUUUUUAACUUUGCAUUUGACUUUUUUUUUUUUUGUACGUGAGAAACGGCAGAGAAGCGUUUGCUCGCAGUUUGUAUGUGAAGGUUUUAUUUAUACCCUUUUUGUUCUCAUUUUGGAAAUCAUGAACUGGCCACCGGCGGGCAGAAAGUGUUUACUCGCCCCUAAUGCCAGGGCAUCACCAGACAUGGCACCCUUUGUCCAAUGUGUUUUCAUAUGCUCAAACGUGGAAUCAAGAAGAAGAAGAAAAAAAAGAAACGUGUAACUUAAAUGUUCAUGGGAAUAGAAUCUGUUUGUCCUCCUCUCAGUUUGUACAUAGAAUGUGCUCAUUGAAAUUUAUGUACAGUCUUUUUGUAAUAAACAGCUUAUUGAAACAAA